UGCAAGAAUUGCAAUAGCGAAAACGAAAGAAGAGUAUCGCACGAGAAUAUCACAUUUAAAUUUUGAACGCAAGAUUUGUCAUGACCUAUCAGCUACUCAGCUACAUAGUUUGAAUUUUGGCUGCAAUGAAGAUGAAAUUUGUUACAUAGCAAGAAUUUUGAUUCAAAGAAAAUUUGUUCUGUUUCUUCUUUUGUGUUGAUACAAAUUCUACAUCACAUUGCAGUUUUAUUUUGAGUUUACACACGAUCAUUACAUUUCAUCUUCAUAGUCAUAACUUCUUUGAAACUUGAACAAACCUACUUGAGUAAGUAAACUUGAGUAAACCUACUAUAAAGUAACUUGAGUAAAGUAAAAUAAUUUAAGUAAAACUACUUAAAAAUGAACAAGAAGCUAGAAGAGGAGGAACCACGAACAUCGGAUACAACGAAAGACAUACGAAAAGCGAAACAAGAACGAGGAAAUGCAAAACGAAAGUUUACUAGGAAAAUUUGGGGCUUUCGCGACAUGAUUGAAAAAGAUGGUCCACUAUUGGCGAUCCAAGAAAAAUUUGAAGACAUUAAGGACUCGUACCGUCAACUCGAAAAGUGUAACGACUUUGUCAACGCAGCAAUCAAUGCAACUGGGCCACACCAUUUGAUUGAUAAAUUGUUGGAAGAAAGUGACGAAUAUAUGAUUGAUAUUGAAGCAUACAUGGAUGAAGUAAGAAUGCACUUUGCAACUAAAAAUCAAAAGGAACAUGCUAAAUUGUCAGAAAUAAAAGUCAAACCUCUAAAUGCGCCGCAGUUCUCUGGCAAUAUUCGGCAAUAUUCCAGUUUCAAGCAGGAUUUUGACAGGUUAAUGAAAAAGCAGUUUGGAAAGGACGCGUAUGCCUUACGUCAAUGCUUAACGGACGACGCACUGAAUACGAUCAGAGGAAUAGAAGACGAUUAUGCCGAAAUGUUUCGGCGACUCGACGCGAAGUACGGAGAGCCACGAAAAUUAGUUGAUUCAAUCAUACACGAAAUUAAAGAGUUAAGACCUAUCGCAGAAGGGGACCACGUUAAAUUUAUUCACAUGGUGAAGAUAGUAGAGAAGAACUGGUUGGAGCUGAAGAGAAUGGGAAUGGGAAAUGAGAUGGACACAACAAUGGUAACGAUGAUAGAAAGGCUACUUCCCAAAACGCAAAAGCGGGAAUGGGUCACACUACUGGAUCGGCGAGAACAUGUAGAUACACCAGCCAGUUCGACAUUUCAAAAACUUUUGUCAUAUUUACUCCAGGAAAAAAGAGUAAUAGAAUAUAUGGAAAAUGAUGUACGAAAUCCAGCCGAUUCUAAACCAAAAUUCACCAGCAAAACAGUGCAUAACGUUGAAUUGGAUACAGUGAAGUGUGACAGCGAAACGAACGGCGAAUCCGAGGAAACGAACGAAAUGAAAGCGAACAAUUCUCAGAAUAACAUGAUUCAACUUUGUAAUCAAGUUCAAAACAUGACCGAACGAAUUGAACAUUUAUUUGACGAUCGAACGAAACGAAACAACGGACCCAAUCAAAAGAAACAACUCUCCAGUGCCGACAAUAAUAUUUGUUGGAUACAUAAAACAGACGCACAUCCAAUUUAUAAGUGUAACGAUUUUUUAAAAUCAAAUCAUGAAGAGAAACUUUGUAGUCUAAAACGAAAUGGAGUGUGUUUUAAUUGUUUGAAGCAAAGGCAUAUAGCCAUGGCAUGUCCUUUUGUCAACCAAUGUGACAAACUAAAGCAUCUGCGACAAAAAUGCGGCAAGCGCCAUCAUCCAUAUCUGCAUCUUGACAGAAUUCCGGUCAAUGACUCCACAAAUGCGAUUCACAUGACUAGAAGUAAAACACAAGAGCCAUUGCUUGCAGUUAGCCAUGUCAUCUGCAACGAGAGUAAACUUGCGGUUUUAUGGGAUUCCGGAGCGAAUGUGUCACUCAUUGAUCGGAAAACUGCAGCUACGUUAAAUCUCACUGGUAUGGAUGUUGAAUUAUCUAUCAAGAAAAUUGGAAAUCAAUAUCAAGCAUUGACGACUAAACGAUAUGUCGUUCCUCUAUAUGACGAGGACGGAAAAUAUUGGGAAAUUAAUGCAUAUGGGAUAGAAGAAAUUACAGAAUUAGAGGAAAUCGACAUGAUCAAUAUUGCAAACAUAUUUCGUAUUCAACCAGAAUACAUCAAAAGACCACACGGUAAAGUUGAUCUGCUUGUUGGGACAGACUGCUGCGUCCUACUACCAGAAGUUGUUAAAACGAUAGAAAAGAUCCAAUUACUAAGAAAUCAAUUUGGUUUUUGUGUUCGUGGUUGCGUCCACUCGGAUGCAUUACACACCACGAAGAAGGAUGAUUCGGACACCGUCAAUAAUUUUAGCGAUGUCACUAAAAUGGGAGAAGAACACAGAAAUAAUUAUGUCAAGCAAACGGAAGAUAAAGUAACACGAGGAAUAGCUCCAAAAUCAUCAAAUGAAGAGAUAGAAAAUUCUACGGAUCCCGUACGUUACAUGCAACAUCACGAACUUGUCAGGCCAGACUCUCCAUCGACUCCAAUGCACAUUGUUUUUAAUGGUAUUCAGCUGUUAGCAUUGAUAGCAAUAGCAAUGGUAGCACUGAAAACAAUUGCAGAAACAAACAGGAGCACACAUGGAAAAGCCACUAUUAUAACAAUAAGAUAUAGCUAUGCUGACGAUUUUAUUCAGCCAGUUCCUCAUGAGAAAGAUACUUUUAGUUUGGGCGAAGAUGUGCAAAACAAAUUGAGGAAGCAGUUUGUCAAAGUUACAGGUUACAAGUUACAGGACGAAAGAUUAGCUCGGUGUCCGAAACCGUUGAAUACUGUUGGUGAACCUAUACUGAUUACUUUAUUUGAUGCAAGUAUUCAAGCAUACGAAGCAUGCGUGUAUGUGCAAUUGAAACUGAUUACGGCAUUAGACUGCAGACUGAGAAAAACAAUCCAGCAAGAAAUGAACUUUAUUUACAAAAACUUUCUUGAUGUCGUGAAUUCUGCUAUCAUGAGGGAUCAAAUUCCAAAGGAAUUGUAUGGAUGUGACUUGUUUAUCGCGACCAAAUUUGCAGAAAUUCAAAUUCAUUCGGAACAAAAUGAAUGGUGGCGGAUGGCAGCUACUGACAACCCAGCGGACAUCAGGCUCACCCGACCAUACCAUAUCGGGCCUGGAUCUGUGUGUCAAAGAGGACCAGAUUUUCUGUCACUACCUACCUGUCGAGAAAUGACAUAUCAGUCAGUCCUUACAAGUUCAAGAAAGGGGUUCAGUUCAUAUCUAAGUGCAUAUCAAUUAAGAUGACAAAGUGAGGAACGCUACUCUGCGAUACUGCGAUACAGCACUUUCCCAAAAUGCUACAAAUGCAAGCAAGUAGGUAAAAGCAAGCAAGCACUGGCCAGCCCGACGCCAUAGUCAAACUUCCUAUACAUCGUCUUGUACCAAUACUGGAACUUGGAAGCGCAUGAAAAUGACGAUGUCGAAUGACGAUGACUAUGACGAAUCGUGGGGGGAGUGUAUUGCAAGAAUUGCAAUAGCGAAAACGAAAGAAGAGUAUCGCACGAGAAUAUCACAUUUAAAUUUUGAACGCAAGAUUUGUCAUGACCUAUCAGCUACUCAGCUACAUAGUUUGAAUUUUGGCUGCAAUGAAGUAAGGAUUAUUUUUGUGAAUAUGUGUCAUUUAAAUUUGUCUGGCCAUACUAAGCAUUUUAUUUGUGCUAAUCAAUGUCUCGUUUUGUUUCAGGAUGAAAUUUGUUACAUAGCAAGAAUUUUGAUUCAAAGAAAAUUUGUUCUGUUUCUUCUUUUGUGUUGAUACAAAUUCUACAUCA